AUGUGGUGUGCUUGCACACAGGCAGCACACGACACGGACAUCCGCCCCAUUUGCUUCUACUGCCGCGGCGUCGUGUGGCUUGCCAUCCUAACAGCAGCAGAGCAGAUUUACACGACCGUGCAGAUCUCCGAGUCGGACGGAGCGGGUGCAGGGCCGACGAAGGACGACAUCGUGUCGGCGAACAUCUUCCAGACGAUCAUGCUUGUGGUCAUGUGGCUCAUUGCCAUCCGCCACUCGUACCUGCACCAGUGCGAGGUGUCCAUCUACAACCAGUCUUUCGCUGCGGCUGCGAUGAAUGCCGCUCCUCCUGUACACCUGCCUGAAGUGGUGCAGCUGGACCUGGUGCGCGUGCUCUUCAGCUCGCGCUCUUCCGUCCUGCUGGAGUGCAUCGUCGACCGGCGUGCGUCCUCCGGGACCACCAUGACCGCAAUCAAGAGUCGCGGUGAGGACCGCACACCGUCGAGCUGA